GCCCACCUGCCUUCACCUGUCCACGCGCUUCCAGGGAAGAACUCGGAGUCACGCAACUGGAGUUCUCGCGAGAGUCAGGUGAGGAGGAAGUCAGGCGAGGACAGGGCAGAGAGAGCUUCGUGAAACUCAGCUGUCAACAGGUAAACAGAAGAAGAAGAAGAAGGAAAAGUAGGAAAAUGAAUAACCCCAUCCCCUCCAACCUGAAGUCUGAGGCAAAGAAAGCGGCAAAGAUCCUGAGAGACUUCACAGAAAUUUCCAACCGGACGGGACCGGACAAACUCAUCCCCCCCCAUGUGAUAGCUAAGGCCGAGGGUCUGGCCAUCAUCUCGGUGAUCAAGGCCGGCUUCAUGAUCACGGCCAGAGGAGGCAGCGGCAUCGUCAUCGCCCGACUCGCCGACAGACGGUGGUCGGCGCCAUCGGCCAUCGGUAUCGCCGGUCUGGGAGGGGGCUUCGAGAUCGGGGUGGAGGUGUCGGACCUGGUGAUCAUCCUGAACCAGCGCCGGGCCAUCGAGGCCUUCACCAAGGGGGGGAACCUGACCCUGGGCGGGAACUGCACCGUGGCCGUGGGGCCGCUGGGCCGGAACGUGGAGGCUGACGUUGCUCUUCGCAGCACCGCCGCCGUCUUCACCUACUGCCGCUCCCGAGGUUUGUUCGCUGGGAUCUCUCUGGAGGGCUCGUACCUGAUAGAACGCAAGGAAACCAACCGCAAGUUCUACUCCCAGGACAUCCGAGCGUCGGCCAUAUUGAACGGUGACGUGGAACCACCAAUGGAGUGUUCUGACCUCUACCACAUCCUGGACAUCUACACGGAGGCGUACACCACCGACUGGACCAGCAAGAACCUGCGCACUAAGUCGUCUUUUGCUCCAUCCAGACCUGCUCCACCCCAGAACCGAGGAGCUGAUGCUGGAACCAGAGCAGGAAGUAAAAACGCCCUCUACCCGAGCGUCUCCGUCUACAAAUCUGAAACCUCAGGCCAGUCCACCUCCAGAGAACCUCCCAGAUACGGCGGAGGCGGCGGAGGCGGCGGAGGCAGUGGGCCACUGGUCGUCACGGCGAUCCAUCCCUUCGUGGGGCAGAAUCCCGGAGACCUGAGCUUCUCCCCCGGCAACCGCAUCACUGUCAUCACCAAGACGGAGUCUCAGUACGACUGGUGGGAGGGGCAGCUGGAGGACGGACAGGUGGGAAUCUUUCCUGCCAACUACGUCUCCUACUGAACCCCCCCCCCCACCGACACCACCCAACCUAGUGGUGGGACGGAGGAACUGCAGGACGGUCAAGACAAGAAGUGGGCGGGGCCUCGUGUGAUACUUUAUUUUUUUACAUGAAUCUGAAUCAAUGAAGAAAUAAUAAUAAUAAUAAUUAUAAUAAUGAUGAAUCUAUCCAGGAUUGUUACAGAGAAACGUUUAAUAUUUAAUCUUUUCAAUCAUUUAAUCUUAAUUCCAGAGAUGAUGUUAAUGAUGAUGAUGAUGAUGAUGAUGGUGGUUUGUUUUCUUGUUGUUUCCCGGACGAACAAACAUUGACUUUCUUUCUAUUUUCCGCUGGGCUCUGUUACGUGUCGCCUCCAGACGGUUGUUUCUGGGGCGCAGGUGGUUUUUAUUUCUCACAUUUACACCAGAGUUUGUUUUUUUAAAGCAGAGAAAUAAAGUGAGAUCAGGUAAAAAAAAAACA